AUGGUGUUGGCCGUGCGGGGUCAGAGGGCUGUGGCACUGCUACACUUCCUGUGCUUGCUCUGGGCGACCUUCGCCCUGACUCAGAAUUUGGGCUUCCCCAACCCGGUCCGCAAGGAGCAGGACCAAAGUUAUGGCGGACAAUGGAAAUACCUGACCUUCCUCAACCAGCUUCUGCAGACAUUGCUGUACUUACUGUGUGUCAUAAUUGAUGCUGCAGCCCUGUUUGUCCCUUCUCAAGAGAAGAGAGUAUCAUCUCUAGUGCUGCCUAUUAGAGAUUUCAUCUUCUCUGCAUACGUAUUCCCAGUUGGCUUAUUUGUAGCUGUUGCUUUCUGGGGCCUUUAUGCAUAUGACAGAGAACUAGUGUACCCUAAAGAGCUUGAUAACAUUAAUCCAGAUUGGCUUAAUCAUACUAUGCACACUACCAUCCUGCCACUGCUUUUCAUAGAGCUAGUUAUAUGUUCACAUAAGUAUCCACCUAGAUGGAAAGGAAUAUUGGGACUUACCCUCUUUGCAGUUAUAUACCUAUCAUGGAUAAUGUGGAUACAUCUUGUAGCUGGGAUUUGGGCUUAUCCGGUUUUAGGAGUGCUUGGCGUACUUGGAAAGGCGGUAUUUUUCUCCGUUGCUAUGUGCAUAAUGUUUAUCUUCUAUUUCACUGGGGAGCAGCUAACAAAAUGGUUGUGGGCAAGACGUAGAAAGAAGUGCAUGUAG